UUUAACGAAAUUUAUUUGCUACAAUUCGAAACUGGACCGGAUUGCAUCGCCCGACUCUCACGCGAACUAAUUCACCCUGCAUCAAAAUUUGCUAGCGAAGUUGCGACUAUGAAAUAUGUCGCUCAAAACACUAAUAUCAAAGUACCGGUGGUAUACGAUUGGAAUGGUACUGCGCAGAAUCCCAUAAAAACCCCUUACAUUUUCAUGGAACGGCUGCCUGGACAGCAUUUAUAUCAAGUUUGGGAUGGGUUGACUAUUAGACAAAAAAUAGGGGUUUUAAGGCAAUGGAAUAUUGUUUCAGUUAUGGACGCAAUGUCGGUUCAAAGAGAUCGGUUGUCUUUACAUGGAUAA